AAGCCUAACUGUUAAAAUAUUACUUUAAACGCUUAAUUAAAAACCCAACUAUAAAAACUUGUUUGUUUGUGCUUCGCAUAUCAAUUUGAACAAGGAAUAGGUCCAGCAUUUAAUGCUUCAGUUUACAACAGUGGUGUUUUUCUUGUGCGUACUGAUUGUUCAAUUAAAGGUUUCUUGUACUCAGCAAGAAAUUGGUUUGGAAGAUUUUCGAGACGUACGGGAAUCAAAAACCUUUGUGGACAAAACUCUGCUGAUCAAGGAAAUAUUCAAUCACCGCUUUUUACUAAUAACAGCACCGAGACACUUCGGGAAAUCUGUAAAUUUUGAUAUGAUAAGUCUAUUUCUUAGGAACGACCAAAACAGAAGUGAGGUCAGAGAAGUGUUUCAAGGCACAGACAUUUUCGCGGAUGAGGAGUUUGUUGAGAACCACAUGACCAGCCAUCCAGUUCUGUACUGUAACUUUGACGCAGGACUAGAGGUGAUUUGUGAAGACACUCUGGUCAGUUACUAUAGACAAGUACUAUACGGGAUAUUCAUUGAGCAUGAUUACUUGCGGUAUAGUCCUGCACUGACCGAUGAGCAAAGGGAAGAGUUUAAUAUUUACAUAGAUGGAAAUGAUGAGUUGGAAAAGUUUAAAAUUGUAAACGGACUCCGAUUUAUAUCCCAGCUUCUUCGAAUACAUCACGAUAGAAAGGUUGUUGUUCUGAUAGAUGAGUAUGAUGCAAUUAUUGUCAAUAGUAUUUUUAAUACUGACAAUUCCACAUCAGAAACAGGAGAUAAAUGCUUUGAUAUUACAAGAGACACUUUUAACUUUCAGAAGGAUUUAUUGAUCGCAACUUUUAAUAACAACAACGACAUUGAGAGAGCAUUUAUAACAGGCACAUUGACUACACAUUUUCAGACUUCAAAAUUUGUAAACAUCGGAUUUGCACUGCAUAAAGAGUUCGUGAAGUUUUACGGGUUUACACAACAUGAAGUUCAACGGCUAAUGGAAAAAUUUGGACUCAACAGUUACCAACAGAAUGAAGUCCAUAAAUGGUAUAAUGGAUAUUCCGGUCCUAGAUAUGGAUCGCAUAUUUUCAAUCCAUUGUCAGUGGCAAGAUAUUUCCAACACAACCUGGCUUUUGAGUAUUGGGUGAAGUCGUUUCCCAUUAGGGAUAUAGUUCUACCUCUGAUGGACAACAGUGUGGUGCAAACGACUUUGGUGAGAUUGGUUCAGUCUACAGGUCCAGUAAGUAUUAAAAAGAAGGAGACAUUUACAAUCAAAGAUGUAGAAGAUUUGAAGAAAAUAAUUAAUAGACAGUGGGAUAACAGAAUUGAUUUUGAUAUUUUCUUUUUAUUUCUCUUGCAAGUUGGAUAUUUGACCUACGAAAUACCAAGGGAAGAUUUAUCAAAAUCAUCGAUUUUUCUAAAAAUACCUACUAAUGAAAUUCGUAAUGAGUUUUCAUCUAUAAUAAAGCAAUAUUUUUCUAAAAAUCUUGAAGAUAUGUAGAAUUAAUAUACUGCGGAUGUUUACUUAUUAAAAGCAUCAAUGUAGUUUAUUACUGCCGUAAUACGAAUGAAAUUAACAUUUAGACUU